AUGUAUUUCUCUUCCCAUUCUCUUAUUGCCUCUCUGCUUUUAGUUUCUGCUGUUCAAGCAUAUCCUGGUGUUCAAGCAGACUCUGUUAGUACUGAUCUAGCUACUUCAAUAUCUGGAAUUGUUUUGGAGACUCCUUCACCUUUAGAAGGGUCCCUUGAUAACAUAGGGCUGUUUAAAUUCUUCGCAAGAGCCGCGAAGAAAACUACCGCAAAAACUACCGCAAAAACCACUGCAAAAACCACUGCAAAAACUAUUCCAAAAACAACAGAGGUUACACCAACUACUCAAAAAACCACGGCUGUAGCAACAAGUCAAAAAACUACAGCCGUGGUAAGUACGCCAACGACUACCUCCGUGAAAACUACUGAAACUCCCAUCACAAGUUCGGCAAAAAGUACCUCGAAACCAAGCACCACGAGCACUAGCUCCAAAUCUUCAGUUUCGAGCAGCAGUUCUAUUUCUACUUCAACGAGUUCAACCUCGAUAUCUAAAGUCUCAUCUUCUAAGAUUUUUUCCACCUCAUCGACCAGUGUUAGUAGCACAUCUAGCUCUGUCAAAAGCACCGGUUCUCUAUCAUCAGGAAUUAGGUCAAGCUCCAUCUCAGGCAGUGGAACUAUAACCUCCUCCUCCUCACUCACAUCCUCCAUCGCUUCGUUCUCUUGCUCUGUAUCCAAUACCGUGACCGAUAUAACCUACUUUGUCUCCCCCGCAACCAACACUCUGGGUUCCGUUACAAAACUUUCCACUAUCUCCUCCACAGUUGUGAAAACCAUCGGAUGUUCCCUCCGUCCCACAACAGUUACAUCUACCAUUUCAUCCUCUGCUUCCAUUAGCAAAAUCGUCAUUCCAACCGGAUACAGAGAUUCAAUCAUUAGUGCCGAGGCAGGAAAGGCAGCUUGGUAUCAAGCUGGUGUUUCGGGAUUUUCAAGUCAAUUGAGUGUAUAUAGUGCAGCGUCGACUAGGACAAGUGGGAUGACCACCAUGGCUUCUUCUACGGGAAGUGCUUCGAGUGUGAAAAGCGGUUCUGCUUCAUCUAGUGUUGCAAGUGUUACGGCAAAGGGAGGCAAGAGCAGUGUUUCUACUGAUGUUUCGAGUAUCACAAGUGCACCUUCUGCUUCUCAGACGGCAGCUUCGGGGGUCGUUGGGGAAAUUUCGUCACUUCUUAAUAUUUUUUAG